CUAUUUAAUCCCCGCGACUGCAGCAGCGCCGGCUCCCUCCCGGUCCCCGCCUCGGCCCCGGGCUCCGAAGCGGCUCGGGGGCGCCCUUUCGGUCAGUGGCGUCGUCUACCCCCCUCCCCAGCUCCAGCCCCCAGGGAUCCAGGCUCGCCAGCGCCCUGCCAGGGAGCCGGCCGGGAAGCGCGAUGGGGGCCCCUUCCGCCCUGCCCCUGCUCCUGCUUUUCGCCUGCUGCUGGGCGCCCGGCGGGGCCAACCUCUCCCAGGACGGCUACUGGCAAGAGCAGAAUUUGGAGCUGGGAACUCUGGCUCCACUCGACGAGGCCAUCAGCUCCACAGUCUGGAGCAGCCCUGACAUGCUGGCCAGUCAAGACAGUCAGCCCUGGACAUCUGAUGAGACAGUGGUGGCUGGUGGCACCGUGGUGCUCAAGUGCCAAGUGAAAGACCAUGAGGACUCAUCCCUACAGUGGUCUAACCCUGCCCAGCAGACUCUCUACUUUGGGGAGAAGAGAGCCCUUCGAGAUAAUCGGAUUCAGCUGGUUAAGUCUACACCCCAUGAGCUCAGCAUCAGCAUCAGCAACGUGGCCCUGGCUGACGAGGGCGAAUACACUUGCUCCAUCUUCACUAUGCCCGUGAGAACUGCCAAGUCCCUCGUCACCGUGCUCGGAAUCCCACAGAAGCCUAUAAUCAGUGGCUACAAGUCUUCAUUACGGGAAAAGGAUACAACCACCUUAAGCUGUCAGUCUUCUGGGAGCAAACCUGCAGCCCAGCUCACCUGGAGAAAGGGUGACCAAGAGCUCCAUGGGGAAUCUACCCGAAUACAGGAAGAUCCCAAUGGCAAAACCUUCACUGUCAGCAGCUCAGUCACCUUCCAGGUCACCCGGGAGGAUGAUGGCGCAGACAUCGUGUGCUCUGUGAACCAUGAAUCUCUAAAGGGAGCUGACAGAUCCACUGCUCAACGCAUAGAAGUUUUAUACACACCGACAGCGAAGAUAAGGCCAGACCCUCCACAUCCUCGCGAGGGCCAAAAGCUGUUGCUCCACUGUGAGGGACGUGGCAAUCCCGUACCCCAGCAGUACGUGUGGGAGAAGGAGGGCAGUGUACCACCGCUGAAGAUGGCCCAGGAGAGCGCCCUGAUCUUCCCCUUCCUCAACAAGAGCGACAGUGGCACCUACGGCUGCACGGCCACCAGUAACAUGGGCAGCUACAAGGCUUACUACACUCUCAACGUGAACGACCCCAGCCCGGUGCCCUCGUCCUCCAGCACCUACCACGCCAUCAUUGGAGGGAUCGUGGCUUUCAUUGUCUUCUUGCUGCUCAUCCUGCUCAUCUUCCUCGGUCACUACUUGAUCCGACACAAAGGAACCUACCUGACACACGAGGCAAAAGGCUCCGACGAUGCCCCAGAUGCGGACACAGCCAUCAUCAAUGCAGAAGGCGGGCAGUCGGGCGGGGACGACAAGAAGGAAUAUUUCAUCUAGGGGCGCCCCCCAGGGACCCCAUGGGGACGUCUGGGGCCAUCACCAACCUGGACUUGUACAGAGCGACCCCAGGGCCGCCCCUCCCGCUUGCUCCCCAGCCCCUCCCCCACCCCCCUGUACAGAAUGUCUGCUUUGGGUGCGGUUUUGUACUCGGUUUGGAAUGGGGAGGGCGGGUGGGGAGGGAGGGUUGCCCUCAGCCCUUUCCGUGGCUUCUCUGCGUUUGGGUUAUUAUUAUUUUUGUAACAAUCCCAAAUCAAAUCCGUUUCCAGGCUGGAGGGGCAGGGGCCCUGGGGUGAGGAAAGCAAAAAAAAAAAAAAAAAAAACACAAACAGAAAACCUGGAGUGUUAGGAGGAGGAUGAGGAGAGGGUUAGGGCAGGAAGGAGCUGGGUCAGUUUGGUGGGGGGCUCUCACCAGCCCUCCAUCAUGAGAGCCUCUUCCUGGAUUUCUCCGGGGUUGGGGAGGUUGUGAGCAGGAGGCACAGAGGUGGCUUUUCCUCUGUAAGUCGCCCACCUUGAGCUCUGCACAGAGAAGGUACCACCUGACGCCCCUCCCCCACCCUAACAGGAAAGGAGUGAAUGGGGGCACCCCAGGAGAUGUGACCUUCAGGUGGCAUGCAGCCACGUGGGGGCCCAGGGCUUCCCCACGUGGGAGGAUGCGGGUCCCUGCAGGAAGGGCAGAUUUGGAGAGAAAGGAUGGCAGAGAUGGCCCUCUCUGGCCCCUCGCCCCACCACCAGGCCCCUAUGGUGAAUGAAGCCAGGCCCUUUUCCGUGGAACCACCCUUGGGGGAUAGCAGAGCAAGGCAGCCCCUCCUUGCUCUAGCAGCUGCGGGGGAGGCGCUGCUCUGGGCCCUAAACUGCAUCUGCUUCCCCGCCCGGGGGCCCCUGACUCUCUCUCGCUGGAGCCCUGGACUGUUGCACGGCAACCACUUGUCUUAGGCACUGCUCAGCAACUUCGCCUCCCUGGCUUGUGCUGCCCUCUGCCCCAUCCUGUUCCCCAAGCCCUCCCUCCCUCCCUCAGCAGCCAGGCAGACAGAACAACAAAAAUACUAAAAGGA